UUUUGAAAAAUUUUCACCAUGGAAUACAAUUGCCAAGAAGACUCAAAGAGCUCAAGUGAAGAAAGUGAUCGAUCUGUGCAAAAUGAUGAUAUGGGCACUGGCAGAUCCUAUGAGUGUGUGUAUUGCAAGAGAGGGUUCACUACAGCACAAGCCUUGGGUGGUCACAUGAAUAUUCAUAGGAAGGAUAGAGUCAAAACAAGGCCUAGUUCAGUUCCUUCAGUCUCAAGCAAAGCUGAUGAAAACUAUGUGAAUCUUAGAUCAUACACAUCAAUUCAAAGCUAUCCACCACAUUAUAAUUCUACAGUUCCUGAGGUACAAGUAAGUUCUCAAGUAACUUUUCCGGUAUCUGCAUGGCAUAUGAGACCCCCACAUACACAACAUACUGAUCAUGUACAAAAUAAUCCACUGCAUCCAAAUCUGUUUGAAGAGGACUGGCGAAGAAGUCUAAGCUUGCAAGUUGGACCAACCCAUGUAGUAGUGGAACAUGAUAGAGAGAAAAGAAGAGAAGAUGGCAGUGAAGAAGAUGAUGAAUUGGACUUGGAGCUUCGACUUGGUCAUUAUCCAUAGUAUUUUAUUGAGAUUCGAUAAAGAGCUUUUAUGGAGUAUAUUAUAUCUUGCGUUGUACAGCUCUGGAAUAUACCUUACAUAUAUUUCAGAAUUUUCAUUCCUUGGAAAAUGGGGGAGAAGUUAUUAAUCGUAUUUCUCCACUCUAAAUAUAUACGUUACUAUGUGAUUGGAGGCUUACCAUUUUGGCAAUUGAUUGGAAGGCAUGC